AUGUCUACAACGCUGGUAUUGUCUGGACCCACUGGUACUUUAAAGCUCUGGAUCACAAGAUAUGUGAGCAUAAAUCAAUGUGAUGACACCAGAAACUUUUUGUCUUCUUCUCUUUCAGGUCCUCUCACAUCAGAUGUGAUGCCAAAUGGAAACGGACUAGCAGAUGGAUUCAGUACUGCAGGGGACACCCUUAUAAAUGGGCCCCUAACGCUGAUAGUUCCUCCCCAGAGCACCAGCUCCCCCAUCAGCUCUCAGACCCCAGAGUCCUCACCAGGUGUGGCUGCUUAUCCGCCCAUGGUACUAGAGAAGUCUGAGGAGGCUAGUGCUGAGGUCACGGUUCACAAGAGCGAUGCUUUGCAGUCGCUCAGACUCAGUAUGCCUAUGCAGGAGACUGAACUGUCCAACCAGAAGCCGUCGAUGGAGAUGGAAAAUGAAGAAAAGAUUCGCCUGGAGGCUCGCCGGCGUCUGGAGGAGCAACUCAAACAGUACAGGGUGCAGAGACACAAGGAGAGGUCUCACCGCACCACUGCCAAAAACCGCCCCUUCAGUACUUUAGACCCAGAGCUCAUGCUCCAUCCUGAGGCCCUUCCCCGGGCUAACACUGUUGCCAUGACCAAGGAGUAUUCUUUCCUCAGGACCAGUGUUCCACGAGGCCCCAAACUGGGAAGCCUGGGAAUUCCACCCUCCAAGGAGAAGAAGUCUAGAUCACCUCGUCUGAAUAAAAUUCACUCUUUGGCCGACUAUAAGACUCCAGAGAGUGAUGGUGGAAGUGGAGAAGGUAGAGCCAUGACAGCAGAUAACACUGGGGGCUCCUUUCAGUCCACCAUUAGCUCUGUGUCCACACUGUCAGAAGUCAGUGUCAUGUCCGAGUCCAGCACAGAUCUGAAGGCCGGGGCUUCUCUCCAAGUCAGUGACAACGUGUCAGAGCUCGAUGGCAGCGAUUCAGGAGUGAGGCCAGGGAAUGAUGGCAAUGAUAGUGACAGCUCUUCUUACAGCAGCGUCUCCACAAAGGGAAACUACAGGAUGCUCUCAGCUGCUGUGGAAAGGCAGCAAGGGCCAUACACCGUAGAGGGAAGAGAGAUUGCCCCAGAGGCCAUGGGUCAGUUCCCGUCUUUACAAGAGGUCCUUCAGGCAGCAAGUGAGGAGCAGCACCUGCUGGAGAUGGAACAGGAGAGAGAAGGAACAGCAGAACCCCGAAGCCGCAGAGACAGUUUCUCCUCCAGUGUCUCUUUGGAAAGUUCAGUGAUGGGCCAUGACGAGAUGCUUCAGGUGCUGAAAGAGAAAAUGAGACUCGAGGGUCAGUUGGAGUCUUUGUCAUCUGAGGCCAGUCAGGCUCUUAAGGAGAAGACGGAGCUUCAGGCCCAGCUUGCUACAGUGAAUGCUCAGCUGCAGGCUAAAAAAGAAGAGGCUCAAGCCAGCCAGGAGAAGCAAAGUGCUCUCACUACAGAGGUUGGCUCACUGCGGCAGACCUGCAGCCAGCUAGAAAAGGCCAUGGUGGAGCUCCAGAGCAGUCUGGAGAGCAAGAAUGCCAGUUUGACUUCUCUAAACAAUGACCUGAAGGUUUCUGAAGACCAAUACAACAGGUUGAUGGUGAAAGUGGAGGAGCAGCAAAACUCUGUAACUUCGAGGGACAUCACAGUUCACGAGUUACGUCAGCAGAUGGGGGGUCUUCAGAGUCAGCUUCAGCAGGUGCAGUUGGAGCGCAGCACCCUGCAGAGCCGACUAAAGACCUCUCAGGCUGAGAUCGACUCGCUCCAGCAGGUCAGACAGUGGUACCAGCAACAACUAGUUCUGGCCCAGGAGGCAAGAGUUCGACUGCAAAGUGAAAUGUCUAACAUGCAGGUUGGACAGAUGAGUCAGAUCGGCGUUAUGGAACAUUUGAAGCUGGAAAAUGUGACUCUUUCUCAUCAACUCACUGAGACCCAACACCGCUCCAUCAAAGAAAAGGAGCGCAUUGCUGUACAGCUGCAAAGCAUUGAGGCAGACAUGCUGACUCAAGAAGCUGCUUACAAGCAGAUUCAGGAUGCAAAGUCUAUGGUGGAGGAGGAUCUGCAGCAUAAACUGGUGGAGUUUGAAGAUGAGCGAGAUCGCUUAAUAAAAUUGGCUAACACAGCCAGCACCCUGGAAAGGGAACUGGAGCAGGUGAAGUUGACUCUUUACCAAAAGGACGUGCAACUGCAGGCACUUCAGAAAGAACAUCUAGAGCUGAUGCGCCAGCUGACAGCAACUCAGGAGAAUCUACACACCAAAGAGCAGUCCAUCAACCAGCUGGAGGCCCGAUAUCUGGAGCUGGAGGCCCAGUUGGCUGAGCUGCAGGCAGAAAGCUGCACCAAGGAUGACAACAUCCAGUACCUCCAGAAUGAGAAGAUAGUCCUGGAGGUUGCACUCCAAGCAGCCCGAGCUGAGAAGAGCCAACUAGAUGAGAGCGCAGAGCGACUGGGAGAAGAUGUGUUGGUGGCCUCAGAUGUAUUGGAUCAGCUCCGACAAGAAGUCCAAGUCAAAGCCAGUCAGAUUGAAGCUCUACAACAAGAAAACAACUCCCUGAAGAAACAAGCUCAGAAGUUAAAGGAGCAGUUCCAGCAGCAAAAGGUGAUGGUUGAAGCCUACCGCCGGGACGCCAGCUCCAAAGACCAGCUCAUUAAUGAGCUUAAGUCCACCAAAAAGCGUCUGUUGGUGGAGGUGAAGGACCUAAAGCAGGAGCUUCUGGGCGCCCAGGGUGAGAAGCAGAAGGCUGAGCUGGAGCAGGCUCGCUUACAGAAGGAGGUCGCAAGAGUCCAGGAACAAAUCUGUGACAUGGAAGCCCAUCUGCAAGUGAUUCAGACAGAAAGGGAUCAACUAGAAACCCAGAUCCAGUCUCUGCAGUUCGAUCAGAGCCAGCUAGCAGCAGUGACUCAAGAGAAUGAGAGUCUGAGGAAACAGGUGGAGCAAAUGGAGGGCGAAGCCAAAAAGGCCAUUUCAGAACAGAAGGUCCGCAUGAAGAGGCUGGGAACAGAUUUGACCAGCGCUCAGAAGGAGAUGAAAGCCAAACACAAAGCCUACGAGAAUGCUGUCAGCAUCUUGAGCAGAAGGCUUCAAGAGGCUCUGACUGACAAGGAGACAGCAGAGGCAGAGCUGCUUAAACUCAGGGCCCAGGUUUCAGAUGGAGGAAACAGCCAAGCCUUACAGGAAAAAAUAGAGUCUCUACAAGUUGAGCUGCUGGCUGUGACAAAAAGUAAGACGAUGCUAGAAAAGGAGCUGCAGGAAGUGAUCACCCUCACCUCCACGGAGCUUGAAGAGUAUCAGGAGAAGGUCAUGGAGCUUGAGGACGAGCUUCAAGAGUCACGCUGUUUCAAAAAGAGGAUCAGGAAGUUAGAAGAUGCCAAUAAGAAGUUAGCUCUUGAGCUGGAGCAUGAAAAGGGAAAACUGGCGGGGGUAACGCAGUCCCGGAAUGCACUGCGAGAACACGCCAACAUUUUGGAGUCGGCCCUAGCAAAGAGGGAGGCAGAUCUUGUCCAGCUCAACUUGCAGGUUCAAGCAGUUCUUAAACGUAAAGAGGAGGAGGAUCAGCAAAUGAAGCAGUUAGUUCAAACUCUACAGCUCGCUUUGGAGAAGGAGAAAACCAAAGUCAACGAUCUGAAAGAACAGGUGGCAGCAGCCAAGGCUGAGGCAGCCCAUAAUAGACGGCACUACAGGGCAGCCAUGCUGGAGCUGUCGGAGAUCAAGAAGGACUUGCAGACCAAAGACGACCUUAUUAAAGCUCUGCGGAGCGAAGCUCAAAAAUUGCAGUCUCAGGAAGACCAGCACGCUCAGGAUGUUUCCAGGUUCCAAGAGGAGCUUGCUGAGGCUCAUGGUCAGCUCCAGAUCCUCCAGAAACAACUUGAUGAGGAACUAGCCAAGCAGCCUCUCACUAACCAAGAGGUUGAAGACCUAAAGUGGGAGGUGGAGCAGAAGCAGAGGGAGGUUGAAGCUCAAAAGCAACAGCUGGAGAUGAUGGAGCAGUGUCACCACAGAGAGUUGGACAACUUACAGACAGCUCUGCAGAACAUAAAGGUGGAGCUGGAGUCGGUGCAGGAGGAGCUGAGCAGCUCCAGAAAGGACAAGUUUAUGCUGCAGGCUAAAGUUGGUGAGCUGAGGAACAGCAUGAAAACUGUUCUGCUGCAGAACCAGCAGCUCAAACAGGACCUGAAGCAGACUCGUCUGAGGAAGCGCAUGGAACUGAAAAGUGAAGGGAACCCAUCAAAUCCUGUGACACCAGUCAAGAUUCCAGACUGUCCUGUGCCUGCCUCAUUGCUGGACGAGUUGCUGAAACCUUCAACUUCGGUCAACAAGGAACCCCUCAACAACCUGCACAACUGUCUACGGCAACUCAAGGAGGAGAUGGACAGCCUUCAGAAGCAGAUGGAGGAACACACAGUAACAGUACACGAAUCAAUGAACUCAUGGACAAACACAGCAGAGGGACUGGCUCAACUGGGGCUCCAAAACAACAUCUCCAAUACACCACCAGUGGUAAACAACACUGUGGUGGAAAACAACAACGAAUCAGAAGAGCAGCAAUCAUAACUGAAGGACUUAUCUCAGGCCAUCAGAGGAAAACGUGGAGUUUUAUCCACAAAGGCACCUUUAAGCCCCAUAUUCUUUUUGUUUUUCUUCUUUU